UACGUCCCCUCAUUCGGGUAGCGCCAGCUGUAAAUGCUUCAUGAUCUCAUUGAUUAGUUUGGAACAAAUAGCUUUUUAGAGUAUUAAAUGUUUUUGAAUAUCGUUUAAUUACGUCGACUUAGGUAAUUGAAAAAAAUCUUUUCGAAAAUUCGUAUUAAUUUCUUAUUAUGAGGAAUACAAGCAGAACCCAUUGUUACUCAAAAUAUAUUUUUUAAAACGGUUAUCAAUUAUUAAGUUAAAUAUUAGUAAGCAUUUGUUGACGAUGGACCAUUGUAAAGAUUUUAUUAAAGCCGAAUUCCCUUCAAUUGAUAUAGAAAUGUUUCAAUACAUUGAAGGUGUUUUAGAAAAUGGAAUUGAAGACUUCCAUGAUUCUGAAGAUAUAUAUGAAGCAAUUGGUGAAGUAUUGCAGGAAAUUGCAAAUAAGUCUGAAUCGGACAUCAGAGGGAUCUGUUCAAAAUUAUUGCAUUUUAUGCGUCCUCAUUCUAAUGACAAUGUAUCAAGAAAUGGUCUAACUAAAAUUUUAGAUGCUCCAGUGCAUUUAGCAUCAAUGGCAGCAGAUCUAGAAGAUAAUGAUAUGGAAAUUAAAAGUAUCUGGGUGAAUUCGAGAGAUGAUAGUUUAAAAGUAGAUAAAAAAAAACUAGACAAAGCUCAAGCAAAAUUGCAACAAAAACAGGAUAAACGGACUGAGCAAGUUCUUAAAGGUGUAGGAACUAUGAGUGUAUCAAAUAAUAAAAUGGAUGGUGCAACUGCUUCUCAAGUAACAAGUAAAAAGGAAGCUAAAAUGGAAGCUAAAGGAAAUAAUCGAGCUCAGGAUAUAAGGAUAGAAAAUUUCGAUGUUGCAUAUGGAGAGAGAAUAUUACUCCAGAAUACUGAUGUAACUUUAGCUUAUGGUAGAAGAUAUGGUUUAGUUGGAAGAAAUGGACUUGGUAAAACUACAUUGUUAAGAAUGAUAUCGGGAGGUCAGUUACGAAUUCCAUCUCACAUAUCUAUACUACAUGUUGAACAAGAAGUAGUUGGUGAUGAUACACCUGCUUUAGAAUCUGUAUUACAGUGUGAUUUUGUUCGACAUGGUCUGUUAACUAGAGAAAAAGAAGUUAACACAUUGAUUGCUAAUGGUUCGCCAUAUAGUGCUGAAUUAUCAUCUGAAUUAAGUGAAAUAUAUAUGCAAUUGAGUGCCAUAGAAGCUGAUAAGGCUCCUGCUCGAGCCAGUGUCAUUCUUGAUGGUUUGGGUUUCAAUCCAGAUAUGCAAAAAAAAGCCACUAAACAUUUUUCAGGUGGAUGGCGUAUGCGUUUAGCCUUAGCUAGAGCACUUUUUUCUAAACCAGAUUUGUUACUACUUGAUGAACCUACUAACAUGUUGGAUAUGAAAGCAAUUAUAUGGUUAGAAAACUAUUUGCAAACUUGGCAAAGUACAUUGCUUGUAGUAUCUCAUGACCGUCAUUUCUUAGAUUCUGUACCUACUGACAUAUUACAUCUUCAUACUCAGCGAAUUGAUACUUAUAGAGGUAAUUAUGAAAUUUUUGAAAAAACUAAAAAUGAGAAGCUUAAAAAUCAACAACGAGAAAUUGAAGCACAAAUGGCUCAUAGAGCUCACGUACAAGAGUUUAUUGAUAGAUUUAGGUAUAAUGCUAAUCGUGCUUCUAGUGUUCAGAGUAAAAUUAAAAUGCUUGAAAAACUACCAGAAUUAAAACCUAUCGAGAAAGAAGUAGAAGUUGUUUUACGUUUUCCUGAAACAGAAGGAUUGUCACCUCCUAUUUUACAACUUAAUGACAUUUCAUUUGCAUAUCCUGGUUGUGCUAAUGUUUUACAAAAUGUUAAUCUUGGAGCAACGUUAGAAUCUAGAAUAUGUAUUGUAGGUGAUAAUGGAGCUGGUAAGACAACACUAUUGAAAAUUAUUAUGGGUAUAUUAAAUCCUACUUUUGGGGUCAGAAAUGUGCAUAGAAAUUUGAAAUUUGGAUAUUUCAGUCAGCAUCAUGUAGACCAAUUAGAAAUGAACCUUUCUUCUGUAGAGCUAUUACAAUCAUCUUUCCCUGGCAAAACUGUAGAAGAAUAUAGACGUCAAUUAGGAGGAUUUGGUAUAUCAGGUGAUUUAGCAUUACAGAGUGUUGGUAGCCUAUCUGGAGGUCAGAAAUCAAGAGUAGCAUUUGCUAGAAUGUGCAUGUCAAAUCCAAAUUUCUUAGUACUUGAUGAACCUACCAAUCAUUUGGAUAUUGAAACAAUCGAAGCUUUAGGGAAAGCAUUACAAAAAUACACCGGUGGUUUAAUACUUGUCUCUCACGACGAACGUUUAAUUCGUAUGGUUUGUAAAGAGCUAUGGGUUUGUGGUGGUGGAAAUGUUAAAAGCAUUGAAGGCGGCUUCAACGAAUAUAGAACCAUUGUGGAACGGGAACUUGCGGAAGCUGCUAAGUAGACAAAUUUUUGUAUCUACAAUAUUAUUAUUUAUUUAUAUACAUUUUUCACUUGUUUUUUUUUUAAUGCCAUUUAAGAGAAAUUUAAUGAAAAGUGAAAACAUAAACUUUGUUAUAAAUAUCGUUUGUAACGGUUUAAAUAACAUAAAAGUGUGAGUAAGAAUUGUUUGUAAAAUUGUAUGAUUAUUUGUUAUACUGGCCAUAAUCAAUAUAAAAAUAUUGAAUAUUCAAAAUCUUUGAUUUUUAUUUGUUUUAGAACCUUAACUUUGUAAACUUAACUAUGUUAAACAUAUAAGAUUGAAGAAACUCACAUCUUAGUGAUCAUCAGAGUUAAAAUUAAGAAGCCAGGAACAAUGUAUUGUUUUUAUUUCAAAAACUGUUUGGUUGAAAAUAAAUUAUUGUGCCAAUA